AGCAUGCCACCUAAUAACUAACUUUAUUCCAAUUAAACGUUAAUUAACUACUCCUUAACUAUUUAGGUAAUGAAACACAAAAUAGAUGGUGUAAGAAGGAUUUGUUCCCACCCUUUAAUGCCCUUAUACCUGACUGGAAGUGCUGAUGGCUCAGUCACAUUAUGGGAAUGGGGCCACGCACAACCCAUAGCUGUACCACGUCCACCCGGCACUUACGCCAAAGUUACAAGGGUCAGGUUUUCUCAACAUGGAAACAAAUUUGGGGUGGCAGAUGCCGAUGGAAAUUUAAGUCUUUGGCAAGUGGGACUUAGUGUUAAUGCAACCAGACCAUUCUUUACCUAUCAGUGCCAUAAUAAGGGCAUAACAGACUUCGUUUUUCUCGGUUCUUGCAGUCUUCUAGCUACAGUUGGUCACAGUUCAGAGAACAGGAACGUUUGCAUUUGGGACUCAGUUUUACCACAUAAUAAAGCUCUGGUACACGCCUUUACGUGCCACGAUCAAGGAGCAAACAGUUUGGUUUAUGCACCCCAACACCAGGUACUUGUGACCACUGGUAAACGUGGGGAUGUUUGCUUGAUUGAUGUCAGAAGUCGUACUAUUAGGCAUCGAUUCCAAGCUCAUGAAAAUGCCGUCAAAUGUGUUGCUAUUGAUCCACAUGAAGAGUACUUUGCCACUGGAUCUGCAGAUGGAGAAAUCAAGAUAUGGGGUGUGGCAAUCCCAACAUUAUUAUUGAAUUUGGCUGGUGAGCAUUCCCGUAGCAGUUUCUUUAAGAAUAUUGGACAGGGUGUUACUCAGCUUCACAUCGAUUCCCACGCCCGACUUUUUUCUUGUGGGGCUGACGCAUUUUUAAUAUGA